UUCAGAACACCGUUCGAGAUUGUGACCGGAAGUACCACUAUUUGACACUACUUAGGAAAGCACACAAAUAAUAAUACUAAAGAAUGGAGGGGUACAGCAAGAUGGUCCAAUCUGUCCGCGCAGUGUUUCGCAGUGGGCGGACAAAGGAGGUGGAAUGGCGGCGCAACCAGUUGCUGGCCAUGUUGAAGAUGUUGGAUGAGAACAGGGAUCGCUUCAGUGAUGCACUGAAAGCUGAUCUUAACAAGAGCAAGAUGGAGGGUCUUUUGUUUGAGGUUGAUUACUCGAGAAAUGACCUCAUUAACUGUCUCAACAAUCUGGAUGAGUGGACCAAACCAGAGAAGGUGAAGAAAGGAUUGGUGAAUUUAAUGGACAAAGUUUACAUCCGACGUGAACCAUUUGGCGUGGCCCUGAUUAUGGGGGCCUGGAACUACCCCAUCCAACUUACCCUCUGUCCCAUGAUUGGCGCCAUAGCUUCAGGUAACUGUGUUGUGUUGAAGCCAUCGGAGAUUGCGGCACAAACUGCGGUCUUACUGGAAGAGAUUGUUCCCAAAUACCUCGACAAUGAGGCGAUCAAGGUGGUGAAUGGAGCUAUUCCAGAGACUACAGCCCUGCUCAAGGAGCGUUGGGAUUACAUCUUCUACACAGGAAAUUCUAUGGUGGGGAAGAUCGUCAUGCGGGCAGCUGCCGAGCACCUUACCCCUGUAACACUGGAGCUCGGGGGAAAGAGUCCAGUGUUCAUUGAUGAUGGCGUGGAUUUGGGCGUUGUAGCCAACAGACUCAUGUGGGGCAAGUGUACCAAUGCUGGACAGACGUGCAUAGCUCCUGACUACAUCAUGUGCACAAAGAAAACUCAGGAUGAGUUGGUUGAGAAAAUAAAAAAGACACUUGGAGACUUUUACCCCGACGGGCCAGCCAAGUCGCCCGACUACUGUAGGCUGGUAUCCGACAGACACUACCAGCGUGUGAAGAAAAACCUGGAAGGGGGUGGCACGGUGGCGCUUGGAGGAGACUCCAAUGAUGCUGAGAGGUUUAUAGCUCCAACGGUUCUGGUAGAUGUCAAGUUCUCAGACCCUGUCAUGCAAGAUGAGAUAUUUGGACCAGUGUUACCAAUUGUACCUGUGCAGAAUGAAGAUGAAGCCAUUGAACACAUAAAUGAUGGCACAAACCCUUUAGCACUGUAUAUCUUCUCUAACAAUACGGCAACAAGGAAUAAGAUCAUAGAACAAACGUCAACAGGGGGCGUUUGUGUGAAUGAUGUAUUCAUGCAUGGUUCGCUGCCGUCGUUGCCGUUCGGAGGUGUUGGGAGCAGUGGAAUGGGAGCGUACCACGGGAAGUUCUCGUUUGACACUUUCUCCCACAAGCGUUCCUGCAUGGAGCGCGAGCUGAAAAUGGAGUCAGUGAACAAUUUGAGGUAUCCCCCUUUCACUGAGAAAAAACAGCAGCGCAUUGGGUGGAUUUCGAAAAAGAAGCUCAAUUCCACAGGCGGUAUACGACCACUCCUGCCUUAUUUCGUGUUUGGAACUGUUGUUGCCAUACUCAUCAAGUUAUACAUGAAAUAUUACAUGUGAAAGUCCAAGAUGUGAAAAUGCUGUCUGGGGAUGUUCAUGUAUCCUGGAAUGUAGAUGGUGUUUACGAAAGAG